AUGGAGCCCUGCCGGUCCCUGGCCCUGCUCACUAGCUCCCUGGGCCUGUUGUCUCUCUUGGUGGCUCUGAGCACGAAUUUCUGGUUUGUGGCCGAGGGGCCCAGCUCCUCGUCUCACUCGGGCCUCUGGCCAAGGGGAGAUCAGGGCUCAGUAGAAGGCUAUAUCCGCGUGACACAGAGCUUCUGCGUUCUGGCUGUCCUGUGGGGCCUGAUCUCUGUGAGCUUUCUGGUCAGGUCCUGCAUCCCUUCACUGUCUGCCCCUGGACGCGGGCCCAUUGUCUCGACCUUCAUAGCCUUUGCCGCAGGUAAGGACUCCGGGCUGCGCUUGGGGCGCUGGGACCUGGUGAGUUUUCGUGGAGGGGCUGAGCCAUCCUUCUUGUCUCCAUCCCCAGCCCUCUCCCUGCUAGUGGCCAUGGUGGUCUACACUAUCGAGCGGUGGAAGCAGCCUGGACACCCCCAGAUCGACUCCUUCUUCUCCUGGUCCUUCUACCUGGGCUGGGUUUCAACUGUCCUCUUUCUCUGUGCAGGUGACUGCUGCCCUGGGGAGUUCCAGGGGUGGAUAGGGGCCCAGCUGGGGGCUCUGAGGGAGCAGGGCAGGAGCCAGGGUUUAACUUCUCUCUGCCAACCCAGGUGGCCUGAGUCUGGGAGCUCACUACAGGGCCCACCAGCCUGGCUAUGA